AUGGCGACAGAGGCGUCCAGGCGAUUCAGGUUCCAGGUUGAGAUGCACUGCCGCUGCAUUGGAUGCGUCAGGAAGGUGGAGAAGGCCAUGGCGUCCAUUGGGAGUUUCAGUGGAAUUGAAACUUCUGUGGGGGGUGUUAACAGUGGGAUUAUCACGGUGGUUGGAAAGGUGAACCCAACAGAGAUUUGCCACUGGCUGAAGAGGAAGACGAAGAAAAAUGUCAAAGUUGUGUACCCUGAUACUCCAAUUGAGGAUCACAAACAGAAAAUGAUAUUGGUUCUAGGAAGCAGUUCACAAGGUGGGCACCCUACACCCUCUGCUCCACCUUUACGAGAUGACAUGCCCUGGGCUUUGGUACCAUCAGGAGUUCAACCAGACCAUGAGAGCCUACAUUUCAUUGAGGAGAAGAUCAGGGGCCUCGAGAAGAUCAGGGAUGAGCUGAAGAUCAAGAAACUGCAAAACGAGCUGAUUGUAGCCAAGAGUGAACUCAAACAGUCAAUGAGAGUGAUCAAUGGGAGUAAGAAGGUUUUGCUGGAUAGUGCUUUGAAUCAGCUCAAAGCAUACAAGAACCUAGAGGCACUUAGUCAGUAA